UGCGCAGCCUCCCGGACCCAGCUACGCCCCGCCCCCACCUUGGCCACCGGCACCGGAUCGCCUCCAAGGACGCGCAUUUCUUGGGAGGCAGAAGAGUGCACUUUGGCCGCGCCGAACCCCAACCGAGGAGCCCAGUCCUUCAAAGCAGGUCGCGAUGGUGGACGAGCUGGUGCUGCUUCUGCACGCCCUCCUGGUGCGGCACCGCGCCCUGAGCAUUGAGAACAGCCAGCUCAUGGAACAGCUGCGGCUGCUGGUGUGCGAGAGGGCCAGCCUUUUGCGCCAGGUACGUCCGCCGAGCUGCCCGGUGCCCUUCCCCGAAACGUUUAACGGCGAAAGCGCCCGGCUCCCCGAGUUUAUCGUGCAGACCACGUCUUACAUGCUCGUGAAUGAAAACCGAUUCUGCAACGACGCCAUGAAAGUGGCAUUCCUGAUCAGCCUUCUGACCGGGGAAGCCGAGGAGUGGGUGGUGCCCUACAUCGAGAUGGAUAGCCCCAUCCUAGGCGAUUACCGGGCCUUUGUCGAUGAGAUGAAACAGUGUUUUGGCUGGGAUGACGACGAAGAAGAUGAGGACGAUGAAGAAGAUGAUUACUAGGCCUGGAACCCUUGGGAGCCUCGAGGGGGAGGGACCUGCAGGCCACCCGUCCCUCCCCCUAUCAAUCCGGGAGCUGCUGUGUUCAGCCUGUCUUUGCCUCCUGUGUCCCCUCCUCCGCUGGCCUUCCUGUUCUCUCCUUUAUCCCCUGUAGUGCUUGUCUUUGUUCCGGGAAUAGUGCUGUUACCUGCUGCCCUGGGGCCUGAGGCUGGGCCUUGCUCUGAAGCAUGCUGUGUCAACUCUGGCCGGCCCCAGUCCCCUUUCCCUGCUGCUAUAACUGUUCCCUGAUCCUCAGUUACUGGCCAGGCCUCUGAUAAAACUGGUCAGACCAUCCACAGUCCUGCUGCGGCCACCCACCUGCUUGCCAGGCCUUCAUCUUCCCAGAGACCUACGCUGCCACUUUCCACCACCUGCUCAUUCCUCCUGUAGACUACUGCUUGUGGAGAUAAGGACCAACCUGGAAGAUGCCUGAGUUGGGUGUACCUCUUUGGACACUGAUUUGGACAGCCCACUAGUCCCUAAAAGGGCCACUCUUUGCAACUUGGUUAGUUGUCUAUCCAUUCCCAGUUUCCUUCCCUGACCUAGUAGAUUGCUGCAGGAGCCUGGUGUGCCUGGCAGCCAAGAUACUGACAUUUCUUUUGUCUUAUGCAACAUUUUUUUUUUUUGCACAGCUGUUGUUUUUAUUUCAAAAUCAUAGCAGUCUUACACAGAUGUGUGCAUUUGGACAAAUGAUAGCAAAAAGAAUGAAUCAAAUAAGCAGCAACAGGCACUUAACCCAGCUCUUCAAUACUACCUGGAAAAAAGCAUUGGCAUCCUUUUCAAUAAAUAUCAAGCACUACAUAAAAUAA